AGAGAAGAAUGACAAGAUGAUUGCGAGUAGUCGGCUGCAUCUGCAUUAGAUGAUCGUGCGGUAUGUUGUAGUCUGCUUUGUUUUGGUAACUUAAAACAACAUAUUUUGUGUAAAAAUUGGGUCGAUGACUGAUGAAACGGUGUGCAACGCUGUGUAGCUACUAUAUCUUUGGUUGCCGCCUUUUAUAUUCAGCAUCAGCAAUGGCCAGCAAUGUCGUAAAUAGUGAAGUGAUCAAGCAAUGCAAGCCUCUCAUCCCAGAGUUGUCCUACACUAAACACAAGGGUCAGAGUGGAAGAAUCGGAGUGUUUGGAGGCUCCAAGGUCUUCACUGGAGCACCCUACUUUGUUGGUAUCAGUGCUUUACGAACAGGAGCCGAUUUAAUUUAUGUCUUCUGCGUCCAGGCCGCUGCCCAGCCCAUCAAAUCCUACAGUUCUGAGCUGAUGGUGGUCCCUUACCUGGAUGUAGACAUGCCUGCAGAAGAAGAGGAUGUUUGGUUGAAGAAGCUUCACUGUGCUGUCAUAGGGCCAGGACUCGGAAGAGAUCAUAGUAUCAUAAAUAAAAUAAAAUCUCUGAUACCAACUUUGAAAAAUGUGAAUAUUCCAUUAGUUCUUGAUGCCGAUGGCCUCUUUGUUCUUGCUCAGAACCCGACAUUGCUUAAUGAUUAUUCUAAUGAUGUGUAUAUCACACCAAAUGUUCAUGAGUUCAGAUUUCUUUGUGAGGCGUUUUUCAAAGGUGAAGAAUACAGUGUUACGGACUAUGACACACUGGGACCAAAGUUAUCAAGUGCAAUAGGGCCUCGAGUGACAAUAUUGAUUAAAGGAGAGCGGGACAUUAUUAUUCGUGGAAAGACUGUUUUAAACUAUGAAACGACCAAGGGAUCCCCAAGGAGGUGUGGGGGCCAAGGGGAUAUCCUGUCCGGUUGUUUGGGGACUUUUGCUUUCUGGGCAACGCAAGUUGAACAAAAAGAUGGAAAAGAUGCACCACAACUUUGCGCUGCAUUGGCUGCAAGCACAAUCACCAGAGUUUGCAACCGUUAUGCUUUUGAAGACAAAGGGCGUGGCAUGAUUACAACAGAUAUGUUGGAGAAAUUGCCAAUGGUUUUUGAUAGUUUGUUUGAUGACAAAUGGAAGUACUUGAUAGAUCAGAACAAACUGUUGUUAAAUAAAAAGUAAACCUUAAGUUAAAGAAUCUUUAACAUCCACACCAAAGUAUCUCAUAAUCAUUACAAGAGUAAGUAACUUAUCUGAUAAGUGCUAUUUUUCUAUCAGCUCAAAGUGUUCACAUCAUUUUAAGAGUAAGUGGUAAAAUUGUCUGCGACAAAUUGUUGAAAAUAUGCAUUUAUUAAGAUCAGAUUUGUACUAUUACCUAUUUCUGUACUACAUGCCUGUCUAUUAAAUUUAUCUUUCCAUUAAAACUGAGUGCUUCCAGUGAAA